UAUAGCUCCUCCCAGCAGCUCUACAUGUAAACUCAAUGAUUGCAGGGAAGGGCAGAACACAAUCAAUAAAGGCACAACACACAUUUACUUUGUGUCAUGUCAGAGGUCUAAAUUACCAACCACAAUGGAAACCAUCAAUCCGUCUUACUACCCUGCUUCACGAGCAGCUGGUGUGGCAGAAAACUACAUAAACUACAAGCUGGGGAGCCCACACAGGCUGUUUCAAGUGAAGCAGGUGACAGAGGCCAUCAAGGAGAGUAUUCCAGGUGUUGGAAACAAAUAUUACCUUUCAUUUGUCGUGGCAGAUUUCUUAAAUGAGCAACCGGAUAUAAAAUGCACUGCGGAGGUUCUGUACUAUCUGCGUGAGCAGAACAAAGCUCCCAACGUGUCCUUUACAUUAGAAAGAGAGAUUGGAAACUAUGUGCAAGACAAGGAUAUUGCAUUUUACAACAAAAUGAAGAACAUUUCCCAACCACUGGUUGCACAAGAUAUCCCAGAUAAAUUUGGCAAUGUGUCGCCAGAGAUGGAGCCUGUCCUGCACUUGGCAUUGGUUGCUUGUGGUCAUGUGAAAUGGCAACACUCCACAGAAGACACCUACUACAGGAUGUCCAUAAUUAAAAGCGUGAGACAGCUGAAAAGAGAAGACAACACCCUGGAAUUUCACUAUAUAAUGCUAAUCCAUGAAAUGGUUACACAGGAAAUUAUUACCUGGGAAAUACAUAUUUUAUGGGACCCCACACAAGGAUUAAAAAUAGAAAAAGAAGUUAUCCUGCCAAAAUCAAACCAGUGACAUGUUUCAUAAUGGAGUCAAUGAGAAAGAACAGCAAGCAUUCCAGAAUGAAGAGUUACUUACUGUACUGGUUUGGCGAUUGUCUCUCUAAAUGCAACUUUAGGUUUUCCCAUGACACAGGGACAUCCGUAUUCCCUCUCCAUCCUCUGAAAGAAAGUUAAAAAAAUUAAAAAUGUACCGUAAAUAAACUGGAUACUGUUUAAAUAAAUAUCACUGAAAUAAGACACUGCCAUCAGUGUUUAUUUAGGUCUCAAAUUACAGCACCAUUCACACAAACUGAUGAUUUCUGAUAUUGUUUCAAGAAAUGGACUUUGGCCUCCCGAUGUACAAAAUCAAAGCAUAGGCCUAUCUUCUAUAUUUAUACAUCAUUUAAAAGAAAACCUCAUAAUACAAUGUACACUGUAUGUGCAAAGUGCAGAAUCAAAUAUAUGAAUAAAAAAAUGAAAGUGA